AUGCCGUCUACCGGGUCUAUUUAUGGGGUGGCAGUAGUUGAUGCGCUCGGAGGGCCAGUGGAGUUCCAGCCCCGGGGGUCGUUCGAGCCAGUAACUGAUUACCAGCACAACUUCAACUUUGACGUUCCCCCUGGGACAUGGUCGGACGACACAUCCAUGACUUUGUGUCUAGCCAAGUCCCUGAUUGAUUCUGGUGGUGUUUUCGACUCCCAAGCAGCGAUCCGAAAUUAUAUAAACUGGCACGAUCAUGGCUACCUUUCUGCUACGGAUGAGUGUUUUGAUAUCGGCAACGCUACAUCGAAGGCGCUUAAAAUAUGGCAGCGGUACUUCGACCGAUUCUCGAUUACCACAAUCGACGACCUCGCGGGGCGCGAAGGUGGCCAACCUGAAAUUGACAAGGCCCUGAAGCAUGAGAAUUAUUGUGGAAACGGCUCUCUUAUGCGCGUUUCGCCAAUCGGCCUUGUAUACUUCAAUAACAUGAAAGACGCCCUGUAUCAGGCCGCCGCUUCUUCAGAUGUCACCCAUCCGUAUCCAACAUGCGCUGAGUGCUGUAUGAUCUACACAAAGCUCAUUAUGUGCGCCAUGAACGGUGCCAGUAAAGAGGAUCUUGCUGCAGAGGUAGCUGCCACGAGAUUCAAAGAUAGGAAGUUAGAACAGCGGCUUGGUCGCUAUGCCGGUCUUCAGGACUGGCAAGCCAAGGCGGAACGCGACAUUGACUCUUCGGGGUACGUGAUAUCCACGCUUGAGGCUGCGCUGUGGUCGUUCUUCAGCACGUCGACCCUCGAGGGUGGAGCUCUUAAAGCCGUGAACUUGGGCUGGGAUGCGGAUACCGUGGGUGCCGUCUAUGGGGGCUUAGCGGGCGCAUUCUAUGGACUGGAGGCGAUACCAACUCGAUGGAUUGACGGACUACAGAAAAGGGAAGUUAUCGAAGAGAUUGUAGAUCGUCUUGCCAAACUCGGAGAAACAACUUGUCUCAACAUGACAUCGUGA